AUGUCGCGAGCUUAUACACUUACGAGUGUACAUGACGAGAAACACCAACAUGUCGAUGACGACAGAGCUACCUCUAGUGAGGCUCUGUUAGGGGACACCAGACUUCGAUCUCAUGUAUCCAGAAGAAUUUACAGGGCAUAUCUUAUUCUUCUCCCCGUCGUCUUUGGGCUAGGAAUUGUCCUAGGUUUUACCAGCGUUUCAUUCUUCAAGACGCCUGAGUUUGUUCCAGGACUACGUCUAAAGACACCUAUACCCAACGAGGUUUUUGAGCAGCGAUUAAAAAUCCCAUUUGUCCCCGACAACAAAUACUAUGGCAGUGGUGAAGCUGUCGAUAAAGCCUGGAAAGAAAUCACAAGCGGAGGUGAUUCCGUCUGGCUGCAAAAUCCAUCGGAUUAUGGCCUAGCCCAGGGUAUUUCUGAUCCUUUGAACAUGGAUAAUACGGAUGAGCGGUUCUACGUCCUGUCAAAUCUUCACCAACUUCACUGUGUCAAUGUUGUUCGACGGCGCUUUCGCCACUAUGAGUCUCAAACCAAUCAACCUGUCAACGAAUCGGACGCAAUUUCAGCGGCCUGGACAGAGCAUACUGACCACUGCUUUGAAUAUCUCCGCCUCUCAAUCACAUGCGGUGAUUUCCUAGUUCUGGAACCUGCUAGUCCACCGGGGACAGCACCAGAGCUGACAGCUGGCGGGCUGGGAUGGGGAGUAAUCCAUGAAUGCGUUGACUUUGACGCGUUGCGGAAAUGGCAGGCUGCUAAAAGACAGGAGUCUGAUCUGCAGUAG